AAACCACCCCCAUUAAUCAGCCGCCUCAUCUCGUCUUCUAUCCCUUUUCGCUUCGCCUCCCGCGUGCCCAGCGGCGACCUUGAUCGCAUGCUGCCCGGCCUCCGCGCCUCGUGAAACCGUUGGUGGCUGCUCGCUCUCGCGCCGGUUCCGCCAUGGCGCCUCAGCCCGUGCACAGCCUGAGGCUGAGCACUCCCGCUGGCCCUGCAGUCUGCAGGUGCUCCGCCGCCCCGCUCUUCGGGAAGAGGCUGCCGGCCGUCGUCGCCUUCCCCCGUGCCGGCAGGGGCGGCGCCGUCGCCUUGUGCUCGGCCGUGCAGGAGUCGUCCACCUCCACCACCGUUAGCCAGAAGAAGGAUGCUGCGGACGGUGAGAAAAAAGAAGCCACGGCGGCCGCAGCGAAACCGGCCGCGGCCGCGAAGCCAAAGAAGGCCGCGGCGAAGCCGCUGCCAGAGAUGAUGCAGGAGGAGAUCAUCCCGCCGCUGAAGGACGCCCUGGAGGCGGAGGAGAACGUGUCCCAGGUCCAGCUUUCUUUCCAAAACAACACGUUGGAGGGUUCCUUCAUAAAGGAUGAUGUUCCCUAUUAUUUUUGGGCCUUCUUUCCGAAAGGAGAUCUCACAGGACCGAAGGGCUUUGCGCUAUCAUCAUACAGCAACGAAGUCAGCACCAUCGAGCCAUUCCUAAUCGAUGAGAAGAGGAUAACCCCCCAGUACGUGGUGUUCUGGGUUUACAAGAGGCUGGCCGGGCAAGGCAUCCUUCCCGUCUGGAAGGAAGAGGAGGGGGAGGAAGAGGGCACAAAGUAGUGAGUGAUCUCACGCAGGCACAUACAGACUGUCCGCUGUGAACAUACACAAUCAAUCGAUCGUAACUUUGUAAAGCUCGUCUGCUAAUGUCCGGAUACUCUGUAAAGUUAAAACCAACCGUCGUUUUGUCUACCAGUCACGUAUAAACGGCAGGAUACUUGCGUUGGCUGAUGCUGAACCUUACAUUGGUUGCUUGUAUUGGCUGC